CAAAUGCCCAUUUCGGACGACGUUGAAUUUAAGGGAGAUAAAAUAAGAAUUAAAACUAAAUUAUUUCGUAGCUUCUUUACCGACACAAUCGACGGAAUUUUAGAAACAGUUGACGGUGUACUGUCAAAAAUCCCUGAGUCCAUUGAUACUAUAAUUUGUGUGGGUGGGUUUUCAGGCUGUCAGCUACUGAAAGACGCAUUUCGUGCGAAAUUUCCGGACAAGACUGUCAUCAUACCACCGGAAGCUGUGACGUCAAUCAUGAAGGGUGCGAUUAUUUUCGGACGGGAUCAGUCUGUUAUUAACAAACGCAUAAGCCGACACACGUACGGUUUGGACUGGAAUGAAGAUUUUGACACAGAAAUCCAUGACCCUAACAAACGUGAGGAAACAGAUGACGGACAUGUCUGCAGAGAUAUAUUUAGAAAAUUGAUCGGAAAGGGGGACCAAGUGCCAUACGAUGAACCGACACAAAAGAUUGAUGCUUAUGUGAAAUCUAAAUACCAAAAUGUGAUAGAUUUUCCAUUCUACAGGUCAGAAAUUAAAGAGAAUCCAAAAUAUAUUGAUGAAAUAGGGUGCCAUUUAAUGGGCACAAUGCGAGUGUACCUGGGAGAAUCAAAAGUCAAAAGUCUAGACAGAUGUGUGAAACUGAAAGUAUACUUCGGGGCAACAGAACUCAAAGCUGAGGCUGAAGAUGACACCGGAAAGAAAUAUGAAGUAACAAUUAACCUUGAAGAGACACAAGUUUAGUUUGAUCACAUUCACUCUGACAUUUGUACAAGAAAUAAAUAUCAAAUAACAUUCAGUCUUGAAGAGAAUGUGAAAUUAGGUUGUAAUUAUUUCAUAUUAAGCCUAAUGACACUGACACUAAUAUUAGCACUGACACUAAUAUAAAUAUGAAAUAACAUUUAACCGUUAUGAAACCUCAGUGAAGAUCUUUCAGUCUGAAGAGGACAAAUAAUUGUCAUUGGAAAUGAAUCUGAAGGAAUAUUUAACAUUAAAGAAA